AUGAGAAAUUCAAAUAUAUUCUCCAUUUUGAACUUUAAUGGUAAGGUUGUGUUUGAAGAUAUCAUAGAAGCCACAGAGAACUUUGAUGACAUAUAUUGUGUUGGAAUUGGUGGAAGUGGGAUUGUCUAUGAAGCAAAGUUACCUACAGGUCAAGUGGUGGCAGUAAAGAGAAUUCAUUCACCUGAAAAUGAAGAACUUCCCCAUAACACAACCUUCAUAAAUGAGAUACGAGUAAUGACCGAAAUCCGGCACUGCAACAUUGUGAAACUUUAUGGAUUCUGUCUGCACAACAGAUUUAUGUUUCUAGUUUGCGAAUACAUGGAAAAUGGAAGCUUAAGCGAAAUCUUAUGCAAUCACCAAAGAGCUUUGGAGUUGGAUUGGGAUAGGAGGAUGAGGACAAUUAAAGAUGUUGCCGGUGCACUGAGUUACUUGCAUCAUGAUUGCUCCCCACCAAUAGUGCAUCGAGACAUAUCGAGCAACAAUAUUUUGUUUGAUUCAAAAUUGAGGGCUUGUAUCUCUGAUUUUGGUGCUGCAAAACUCUUGAAUCUUGAUUCCUCUAAUUGGACAACUUUUGUAGGCACGUGCGGAUAUGCUGCUCCAGAGCUUGCUUACACGAUGAAGGUAACAGAAAGUUGUGACGUUUAUAGCUUUGGGGUGGUGGCAUUGGAAUUAUUAAUGGGAAGGCAUCCUGGAGAUCUCAUUUUAUCAUUAUCAACGUCUAUUGACCAGAAUACAAUGGUAAAAGAUGUGUUGGACCAACGUCUCUCAUGUCCUUCUAUUUUGGGGAUGAAGGAAAUAUGCAAUUUAGUUGCAGUGGUGCUUUCUUGCAUAUGUUGGGAUCCAAAAUAUAGACCAACAAUGCGAUGUGUGACCCAAAGGUUGUCAAAAUGUUGUCUACCCUCACUGGAUCUGGAUGACAGAAUUACGCUAUUCCAGUUGAAGAAUCUUAAAAUGUAA